AUUUCGACUAUUUGAACUUGCCAAGUGAAAAGUAGAAGAUGUCGGGAUCAUUGCCAGCCACAUUUGUCAAGGGUUUCCAUAAUGAGGAGCUGGUGCGACGAAUGGAGUACCGAAAACUGGGCUCUACGGGGCUGCGAGUAUCCAAAAUUGCACUCGGUGGCGCCACUCUCUCCAAGCUCUUCUCUGACGACUUCGAUCGAGAGGAGGGCAUCCGCACUGUGCAGGAGGCCAUCAGAUCCGGGAUCAACUAUAUAGACACAGCGCCCUUCUAUGGCCAAGGCAAGUCGGAGGAGCUGCUUGGCCAGGCGCUGCGGGAUGUGCCCAGGGAGGCCUACUAUAUAGCCACCAAAGUGGCGCGUUAUGAAUUGGAUCCGGAGAAGAUGUUCGACUAUACGGCUGCCAAAACACGGGAGAGUGUGAAGAAGAGCCUGAAGUUGCUCGGAUUGGACAUGGUGGACAUUCUGCAGGUUCACGAUGUGGAUGCCGCACCUAGUCUGGACAUAGUCCUAAACGAAACCAUUCCCGUCCUGGAGGAGUAUGUGCGCGGAAAGGCCCGCUUUAUCGGGAUCACCGCCUACGACGUGGACGUGCUGAAGGAGUGCGCCGAGCGGGGAAAGGGUCGCAUCCAGGUGGUGCUCAACUAUGCCCGCUACACCCUAUUGGAUAACACCCUGUUGCGAAACAUGAAGGCCUUCAAGGAACUGGGCGUGGGCAUCGUCUGUGCCGCCGCCCACUCUCUGGGACUCCUCAGCAAUGCCGGACCCCAAUCCUGGCAUCCUGGCAGUCCUGAACUCUUGGCUGUGGGCAAGAGGGGAGCCGAAAUCUGCAAGCAGCGAAAUGUGGAGCUGGGAAAACUGGCCAUGUACUAUACCAUGCAACUGGAUGGCGCGGCCACCUUCCUCAUCGGCAUCCCCAACCGAGAGCUGCUGCGGAUUAACUUGGAUGCCGUCUUCGAUGGACUCACUCCCCAUGAACAGGAAGUGCUGCAGUACCUGCGCGAAAACGUUUUCACCAAGUCCUACAGCUGGGGCUCCACUUUAUCCACGGUUAACAUGUUCAAGUGAGUGGACACUCAAAAUAGGCACUCGAACUUGAGCUCUGAACACCAGGGAAAUCAUUGGGAAAUACAG